AUGGAAUGGAAAAGCAAAAGUGAGGACAACGACCAGGAGGAGUGCGGGAUGUCGCGUGAAUUGGGUCGAAAACGCACCCAAGAAAGCGCUCGGUCAACUCGGGCGAUGGUAUCCAUUAAACCUUUGAGAUUGGCUCGGUCGAGUGAUUGGGGAUCCGAAUGCCUGGUGCUUCAGCUGGCUCGACAAAUUGGCCUGAUCGUACUACCUGCCAAGAGUGGCAAGUCGCCACUAUUCGAGCGACUUACGCACCAUGUUGAUGGCGCUGCUUGA